GUGACACUCUCCUCACAACUUAGUAUAUCUUCACAUCACUCUACAAUGUGGAUUUUGAACUGGUUUUACGACGUCUUGAGCCAAUUGGGGCUGUUGCACAAGAACGCCAAAAUCCUCUUCCUCGGGCUCGAUAAUGCGGGCAAAACUACACUUUUGCAUAUGUUGAAGAACGACCGUCUGGCUACCCUGCAGCCCACUCUUCACCCCACAUCCGAAGAGCUUGCCAUUGGGUCGGUUAAGUUCACGACCUACGAUCUCGGUGGCCACACCCAAGCACGGCGUCUCUGGCGUGACUAUUUUCCUGAAGUCGAUGGUAUCGUGUUCCUCGUCGAUAGUGCCGAUACAGAGCGAUUUGCAGAGGCAAAGGCAGAAUUGGAUGCUCUGCUUUCUAUUGAGGAGUUAAGCAAGGUGCCUUUCCUCAUCCUAGGGAACAAGAUCGACGCUGUCGGUGCAGUGAGUGAGGAGGAGCUUCGACACCAUCUGGGCCUUUAUCAGACGACCGGCAAGGGCAAGAUUCCUUUGAAGGACAUCCGCCCCAUUGAACUGUUCAUGUGCUCGGUUGUUAUGAGGCAGGGAUACGGGGAAGGUUUUCGUUGGCUGUCUCAAUAUAUGUAAAUGUGGUAGGGAUACAUGUACGGCUUCAAGUCCCCGCGCUCAGUCCAACCUUCCCAUUUGCUGAUUCCUUUCUUCUCCGCUGGCAUUAUCCUUGUGUUGUCUUAGCAUACACUAU